GGUUCGAGGUUGGGCUGUUGUCGGGGGCGGGUUGUUGUUGUUGUUGGAAGGACAAGAUGGCGGCGGCCGUGAGGGCGAGUGUCAGAGCGGUGAGCGCCCGGAGACAGCGUCUGCCCACCCGGGCCGCCCUGCUGCUGACUUUGUCGGCUGUAAACAGAAUUAAAAAUCUUCUGCAAGAGAGACCAGAAUGUGUUGGUUUGAAGGUGGGAGUCCGUACUCGUGGCUGCAGUGGACUCUCCUAUGUGAUAGACUAUGCAACGGAGAAGGGAAAAUUUGAUGAAGAAGUAAAUCAGGAUGGUGUACGUGUGUUCAUUGAUCAGAAAGCACAGUUAACCCUGCUUGGAACUGAGAUGGAUUUUAUUGAAUCUAAACUCUCCACUGAAUUUGUUUUCAAUAACCCAAAUAUUAAGGGGACAUGUGGAUGUGGUGAAAGCUUUACUGUAUAAGUUAAGUACAUUGUAAGCUGUGUGGAACUGUAUAGAUAACUGAAAUCCACAAAAAAAAUUGGAUUGGUGGUUGAGCGUUAUUACUUGAAGCUCCUUUGUUGUUCCCAAUUUUCAAUGGGGAGUUUUUGUAUUAUUGAUAUGAUUUUAAUUUGCAGGUAUUCGAUUUAAUUGUACAUUUGUAUAAAAUAUAAAUACUGUGUGUAAAUAUUUGAUUAUUGUUGCUAUCUUGCUAACUCAGAGGUAUUGUGUAUAAACAUUCUAAAUAUUAAAUUUAAUAUGGGGGUGGGGAAAUCUUUCAGCACUUCCAAAAACAUGCACUGUAUCUGUGAGUUAGGAAGUGCUUUUCUCCAAGAUUCACAGCUAGACAUUUAUAAACAUUGCACAAUCUUGAAGUUUGUAUCGAAUACAGACACAAAAAGCUGGAGUAACUCGGCCGAUCAGGCAGCAGCUCUGGAGAAAAGGAAUAUGUUACGUUUCAGGUCAAGACCUUUCUUCAGACUAAGAGUCAGGGGAACGAGAGAGAUAUGGACAAUAAUUAGGACAAAUGAGUGGACGAUAUGCAGAAAGGAACGAUAAUCAUGAAAUGGUUAAUUGUUAGCUUUGGGGGUUAAUACAGAAAGUGGAACUCAACAGGACGACUUGGGUGGGGGAUGGAUGGAGAGGGGUUGCAAGGAUUACUUGAAGUUAGGGAAAUCAAUAUUUGUAAAUUCAGAACAUCCUCAUCUGUCAAAUAAAAUGGAGCAUUUAACUCUGAGCUAAGUGGCUUAUGGGUAUGUUACAUAGAGUUCAAAUAUAUAAUCCAAUAUAAAUGUAAUCUGCAAUAAAAUUUUAAUUUGUUAUCUGAAAGCUACAUUUGACAUUGUUGUAUCUUAAUAUUUUGGAAGGAAUGAGAAUUUACUUAGCAAAUAAAAAGAGGUUGUUUUGAGAAA